AGUAUGACGUCAUGCGCUCGGACCGAGCCGUGACCCGCUGCUCCGGCUAUGCUAGGGGUCCGUGGCGACAGAUGUUCCGCUUAAAAUACAGCAACGCCCCCGUUAUCUGAGAAAUGAAACGUAUUAAACGGUAACGGUUCGUCGGGUGUAGAAGGUAACCAAGGCGACAGCAGCGACUCUCGUGUUAAGUGGCGCGUGUGUUUAUAUUUUUUAAGUUUAUCUCGGCUAGCUGGCGGGCUAACUUCAGCUUGUUUCCCAGCUAACAAAGUGAAACAGGAAUCGGAGCUGCAUGAAAACUCGUCUCUAAAUAUCUUCAAUCGAGCAGCGGCUUGACUCGUCAUCAUGGACCCCUGAAGUCUUCAGACUCCAGCGACCUGAGUCGCUUGUGUUUUGUCGUUUCUUUUUGGGACCAGAGGUCAAAGUUCAGACUAUAACUCGUCUGACCUCCCAAGCAGAGGGAGCGAGCAGAUGGGGAACGCUUGCUGUGCCAAUGAGAGUCCCCGUGCCAGUGCGGAGGAGAAGAGUGGUCUGCUGAAGGACGACUCGAAGGUCAUGGGGCCCUCGGGGGAAGCCGGUGUGGUAGGCACCUGUGGCCCUGUAGGAGACAAUGACAUCAGAAAAAUGGCCACGGAGGUCGAUGUGAAGGUGGAGGAGGCCGCGCAGGUGAAGCGGAGUCCCGAGGUCGCAGAGACGGAGCCCAAUGACACUCGGGAGAACGGAUCCCUGCAGAAGGAGGUCCCACGAACGGCAUCGCCCUCUCCCAGCAAGGAGUCCGAGCGGAAAGAAAACUCCGUCGAAGUCCAAGAUGACGACGUGAAGGACUGUCCUGCAGACGAUGGAGCAGCUGAACUCACGCAAUGCACUUUAAACUCCCCGCAGAAAGAACACACCACAGUGGGUUGGGAGGUUUUUACAGCAGCGACGGCGGCAACGGAAGAAGAAAACCCGGUCUCGGAGCAGGAGGAGACCCCCGAGAGCAGCUCGCCAACAGCAGAGGCAUUUCGCCCCGAAGAGCUCGCUGAGGCGAACACGGCAACGGAGCACAUUACACUGGACAAUACUCAUGAUGAUGAGGAGGAGGAGCAGGAGGAGGAGGAGGAAGAAGAAGCGGGAUCCAAAGUCACUGUGGAAAACCAUGUAGCCGAGCCAUCGGAGGAGCUUUCUCAAAACAAUGAAGUGACGUCUGUGCCAAACCCUCAGCUCUCUGCAGCAGCCGGUGAGACGGCGGCCGCCUCCGUGGUCAGUCCAGAGAACCACGAAGACGAAGAGUCUCCGGCCGGUGCGGUGACGGAGGACUCAGAGAAUGGCCGUCCUUCAGAGUGCAAGGAGGGCGGUCUUGAAGUCAUAACAAGCCACGAGGUCUGCGAGUCUCCUCCUGGAUCCGAGCCCACGGGACUCGACCACACGGGCGAGGAACGAGACCCCGCCAACUGUGUCGGGGAACCGGCGCCCACAGCGCCGUCAGACGCCGGCGAGAGCUCAAAGUCUGACCAGGAUGCCGAGCCAGAAGUUGAGUGUGCCAUAAUGAUCUUAAAGGAGGUCACUUCCUUGGAGGACAUCAAACAGGAAAUUGAGGAGCAAAUGGUUGUGAAAGGGCAGGACAAAGAACGAGAAGAAGAAGAAGACGAAGAAGAAGUUCCCAAAAUUGAGGGGGAGCAUGAGGAGGAGGAGGAGGAGGAGGAGGAGGAGGAGAUUGAGGAGAUUGCGGAGGAGGCAGAUGCCGAGACUGUAAAAGAUGCUGAGAACCAGGAGGUCCCAGGAAAAGGGCAGCAGCUGGCAGUGGGCGUGGCCCCUUAUGUGAACGCUCCUGAGACGCUUGCCCGAAAGGAGGAAGACUCUUCUGAAGAUGGCGUGGGGAACAGUGACGAAGAUCUUUACAGAGGAGCCGAGGAGCUGUCGGCAUCCCAGCCCGAUAAACCACGAACUACAGUUGCAAAGGUGGAGGCCCGAUGCAGCUUGGGGCCGCUGGUGGAGAUUCUGUCCUACAGCGAGCGAGAGUGGAAAGGAAACACGGCCAAAAGUGCCCUCAUUAGAAAGGGCUACAAGGAGAUGUCCCAGAGGUUUGUCGGCGUGAGGAGAGUGAGGGGCGAUAACUACUGCGCCCUCAGAGCCACGCUGUUCCAGGCGCUCUCCCACAGCACCCGGCUGCCCGCAUGGCUGCAGGAGCAGGACGUCAACCUGCUGAUGAAGCGACUCGAGGCCCAGGAGGGUCUGAUCAGCCAGUGGACAUUUCCUGGACACCGCCUGCAGGGGGACGGGACCGGCGGCGCCGCCCUGCAGCUGCGAGGCUACAUGGAGCUCCUCCGACAGAAGUGGCAGGCGGCGGCGGCCUGCUCCUCGGCGGCGGAGCGCCGGCAGCUGUGCGAGCGAGUGUUUGUGGGCGGCGAGGAGGAGCUGGGCCUGCUGGAGGCGCUCAAGCUGCUGAUGCUGGGCAGCGCGGUGGAGCUGCACGGCUGCAUGGCGGCCGGCGGCGACGUGCCGCUCUUCUGCUGGCUGCUGUUCGCGCGGGACUCGUCCGACGGCCCGCGCUCCUUCCUCUCCAACCACCUGAGCCACGUGGGCCUCGGCGCCGGGCUGGAGCAGGUGGAGAUGUUCCUGCUGGGCUACGCCUUGCAGUGCACCAUUCAAGUUUACAGACUGUACAAGGCCGACACGGAGGAGUUCGUCACGUACUACCCGGACGACCACAAGGACGACUGGCCGUGCGUGUGCCUCGUCACGGAGGACGAUCGCCACUACAACGUGCCGGUCGCCGACGCCGCAGAAGAGCGACGCGAGCCGCUCGGCUCCGGCUGAUUUGAGACGGCCGCCGCCGUACGAACGGAACACUCCUCAGGUCAAUCGCGGUGAAUCACUUCACGCCAAUUCAAGGAAUGUUGGGACGUUUUGCUUCCUUGCCGAGUUGAAUGAGAAAAUCGACAUUAUUCAGGUCCGUCUCUUUAAAUGUGAAGCGACAGCUUAGCUUAGCACAAAGACUGCAAACGGGGGGGAACGGCUAGCCUAGCUCUGUAUUGUUUCCAGUCUUUAAGUCGAGGUAAUUGGCUGCAGCUUCAUAUUUAAUGCACAGGCGUUGGAGUCGUAUUGAGCUUCAUGUCUAACUCGCGGCAAGAAAGUGUUUCCCCCCAAAAUGUCGCUCCAUUCGUUUGGGGGGAAAAAAGGAAAAUGCUGAUUUGAGACCCUGUACAAGAAGUGGUUUACACACUUUGUACACACUGUACUGUAUACAGAGUUUUCUAUUUGGGUAAAUGUACAUAUAUAUGUGGAUCUGACAUCUCCGUUAAAAUGAAUUGUUGAGGUGUCUGUAACUUUCAGGUGUGGGCGGGGGGGGGGGGGCACAAAUCUUGAGUUUUCUCUCAAGUCCUGAUCAAAACACAAUGCAGCUGCCAAAAUGAUUCGAUGGUUUGUGUUACACUGGAAUUUGGGAACUUUAAUUUGUGUCUUAAAUUAUUUCCCAUUAUGUGAACAAAUGCAUUUUAAAUGAAGUGUAACGAGGUGAAGAUUUUGAUUUAUCAGGUUUAACACCCGGUCGGAGGUCUUGGACUCAUCACACCUCUGUGUCAGAGGAGUGAUGAGUGAUGGUCUGUGUGUGUUUGUGUGUGUCGACUAAAUGUGUAACAUGUUGCCUUUAACCAAGCUGUUCUGAGGGCAGACACUUGCCAAUCUUGCUGCAGAUACUGGCGACAGUUCCAACCACCAGCCACUGGAUUCACUAGUUAACGCUUGGUCCUCCAUGUUGCCUUAAAUAAUGCACAAUAAGAAUGAAUGUUGGUUAUAAAAUAGGCCAUUUUCUAAUGAGUCGUUAACAGUAAAACGUUGAUUGUGGCAUUUGCAGGAAUCUUCUGUCAGAUAUUUGGAUAAAAUGAAAGUACAAUUCUUGAAAGUCAUUUUUUUUGUCUUCCUCUUUGAUUUCCAUCAGCUUGGUAUAGCUUUUAUUUUCUGAGAAGUAUUAACAGGAAUUUGAGGUGAAGUAUGCUACAAAAAAAAUGACACGUUAAGCCUGUUUGGGGUCUCAUAGACUCAUUUCGGUAAAACCUGAUUAAAUACGAUGGAUUUUCCUAAACUCUAAA